GCCCCCCGUGGAGCUGCAUGCUGACGCCGUGGGCUGGCCAGAGCAGCUGCGGAGGUCGCAGGGCCUGCGGCUCCGCUUCGAGGAGGCGGCGCGGGCGCUCGACGCGGCCUCCCUGCGCGCGGUGCUGCGCGAGGCUUGCGCGGGGCUGUCGCCGCCGCUCUCUCGGGCCUCGGAGCACGGCGCGGGCGGCACGCUGGACGCGGGCUCGCGGGAGCGGCUCCGGGCUCUGGCAGAGGUGCAGAGGUGCCUCAGGGCCUUGCUGGCGCGGGCCAUCGCGGUCUGGCGGGACAACUGGGCGGACGACCAGAUCCAGCCUGUGCUCUCCCGCCUGCAGUGCCUGAUCCACGGCUUCGAGUCCACCGGAGCCCGCAUCGAGGACGCCCGCGCUGGCAAGCAGUGGGCACGGCUGCGGUGCGCGCAGUCCGUCGGGGAGGAAGCCCGUGGUCAGGGGUCGGAGGCUCCCGGGGCCGCCGCCACGGGUGCGCUGCGCGCAGGCGGCCAGGGAGGCAGAGGCGCGGCCCGCGAGAUCCAGCCCCAGCCCGCCCCGUGCGCUGGCAGCAGCCCCCGCCUGGCGAACAGAACCAGGAAGUGGUCGCAGGGCGACUGGGAGGAGGUGCUGGCCGCGGUGUGCGAGCGCCUCGGCGUGGCGAGCGGCGCGGCUCCGCCGCUGGCCACGCAGGUCCGGAUGGCGGACUGGAAGGCGAUCGCGAAGCAGUUGGGCAGCGGCCGCAGCGCCGACUGCAUCAAAACGUACUAUCUGGAGGGCUGCGCCCCCAUGCCGCUGGUGCUCGAGUGCUGCCGGAUGGACCCUUUUGUCAGGCAGCAGUUCUGGGAGCACCUCAACCACCAUGCCACGAAGGUGCACAGCACCACGAAGGAGCUUGAGUCUUGGGAGGCCACGAUGACCACGAACGUCCGCCAAUACUUCAGAGCGACUGGACUGAGGCGUCUGAUCGACUCCGCGUAUGCCCCCGUCAUCGGCAUCGACAGGAAGGGUGCCGUGGUGGAGUGGAACCAGGGCGCCGCGGACGUCACCGGAUGGGAGCAGGAAGAGGUGGCUGGAAAGCACUUCGUCAACGAGCUGGUGGACAGCGCCACGAGGGACUACGCCAAGCGCGUCCUGGGGGCCGCCUGCAAGGGCCAGGAGACGCCCAUGUUCGAGUUCGGGGUCUGCGGGAAGGACGCCAGCGCCGCCCGCGCCGCCGCCGCACCCGCCACGCGCGCGUUCCUGCUCGCGGCGCUGGUGGGCAGCUGCCCCGGCGAGCCCGGCGUGGGGAGGGGGACCUGCCCCAGUUCCAGCGAGGGCGAUGCGGCUGGCCUCGCGCAGCUGCGGAUGACUCUCGGCCACCAGAAGGCUCGAGCAGAGCCUGUCAACGCUCCGAGGGGGACCGGGGGAGGCGCGGGCACUCGCGAUGCGCAGGGCCUGGCGCCCGUCCUCCCGUGCCCGAGCCCCGACAUCGCGGCCCACAACCCGAUGCCGGACUUCCACAUCGACCUCGACGCCGCCCCCAGGAGCCGUUGGGACGCGGUUGCCACCGAGCUGAAAGACGCCUACGCGUCGGUGAAGCACAUCCUCGACGGCACCCUCGAGGGAAUGGCGAAGGUGGCCCUGGCGGAGGGCGUCGACGUGAUGGGCCUGCUCAACGACUCGGUGGGCCGGGCCGAAAAUCUCGUCGGCACCGAGUACUACGAGGAGAUGCAGGGCUUGGCCGCUGCUCUGGGGGAGCCCUUCGAGAACAUCUGGGCAUUCACGCUGAUCUACAGCAUCUCUGGCGGGUGCACGAGCGUCGUCGGCAACGACAUGGAGGGGGGCACCGUCGUCCACGGCCGCCUCCUCGACUACGGCAUGGCAGUCCAGCCGAUCCAGCUGCAUGCAGUGUUCACCAAGGGAGGUAGCACGGUGUUCGAAUGCGUCACAUAUGUGGGGUUCAUGGGGUGCUUGACGGGGAUGGUUCCAGGUGGGUACUCGAUCUCUCUGAACCAGAAAGACACGACACGCAAUCCUAAUGAUGCAGCGGCAGCGGCGACGAACUAUUUCCGGGCACUUGUAGGGUCAGUGGAGCCAUCGAUUUUUAUUCGGAAUCUGCUCAUGGAGGAGGUGUCUUGGGGCCAGCCUAUGUUGGCAAAGGUUGCAAGCACACCGCUGACCAGGGCAUGCUACCUCACAGUUGCGGGCGUAGGUAAAGACGAGGGCGUGGUAUUCUGUCGAACAGCUGGAGGAGUGGACGAGUCUCGCUGGAUGGAUACGUCGUUGGCCUCUCAGAUGUUGCCUGGCCUCGACCUCAAUGUCAACCCAGACUUCAAUGGCAAACCCUUCGUCUUCAUCACGAACGACAAUGGCGAUUAUCGAAGGGGUCACGGAGAAGGUGACGAUCGAGGCGCGUGCGCGUGGAACAAGCUCAACGAGUACUACAGUUUCAACAGAAGUGCCAUGUGGGACGUCAUACUGAACCCGUGUCAACAGCAGAGCACCACAAUCCUCGCAACAGUGAUGAACCCGAAGGACGGCUCAUCCGACCCAUUAUCCAUGUGCCCGGAUCCACAGAAGGGCAUGCCCAGCGCCCCGGAGACCAGGACUGUGCAGACCAGGCUCUCGCCAGAGCCAGGGAACACCAUGGUCGGCUACAGGGCGCUGCUGCUUCUGUCUGGCAGCGCCCUCGGCUCCCUCGGCCUCGACGUGACGGCCCGCGACAGCACGGCCGCGGCCCUCCAGAGCAGGCGCGGCGCUGGUGACGAGCCCACCGGGCCCAUCGUGGCGGGCUCCGAGUACCCCGCCAGCAGCUCCUCGCUCCUGGACUCGGCGGCGAAGAGGAAGAAGGAGCCCGACUUCCUGGUGAAGCCCGCCGACCAGACGAGGUCCCCCACGCUGCCAACGUACGAGUCCUACGCGGGCUACCCGCCGGCGACCCCCGUGGACCAGACGGUUGCGGAGCCGCCCGACGCCGACGGAGAUCCGUACAACCAGCCGGUGUGGGGAGAGAACACGCCGCCUCCGGCGGCUGCCUGA